GCCGCUUUCCAGUCACCAGUAGGAGAUUUCAUUUCAAAGCCUUGUCUGCUUGACUCUAUGGCUGGCAUUAUGCUCCUUCUCUGGAUCUAACCGGGCAUCUAUAUCUAUAAUGCUUCAUCAUAUGGUCAUGUGCUUUUUUUGUGUCUUUUACAUCAGGACCACGCAUUCCUCGUGAUGGAAUUCCUCAGCGCAGGGAGCCUGGACAGGUAUCUCCAGAAAGCCGGCCGGUUGCAGCCCCAAUCAGCGCAGUUUUAUUCGGCAGAGAUCAUCUGUGGCCUCCAAUUUCUACACAGACGUGGAGUCAUUCAUCGGGACCUCAAGCCUGACAACGUGAUGAUGGACGGCGAUGGACAUUUGAAGAUCGCGGACUUUGGCCUGGUUGCAGAGGACAUCAUCGGGGACACCACAACCAGAGGAGCAGCAGGGACACACACCCAUAUGGCCCCUGAGGAAUUACACGUAGAUUACACAUGCAGUCCAUGA